AAACGCAUCUCAGGACAGUCAGACAAAAUUUAGCAGAGGUCGCAGAACUAACUCGCAGAGAAAGGAGAGAUACUGAUUCCGAGCUGAGAAAGCAAAUUGUCUCGCACAGAUCCGUCCACCCAAGGUAAGAUGCGCGGCCGCGGCGGUGGCGGCAGAAGUGGCGGAAGGGGCGGCGCAGGGAACUACACGAAUCCGUGCUUGACUAUGCACCAGCCUUGGGCUUCUCUCCUUGUCUACGGAAUCAAACGCAUCGAAGGCCGAUCGUGGCCGGCUCCCCUUCGCGGCCGUCUGUGGAUUCAUGCUGCCAGUAAAGUUCCCGAGCAAGAUACAAUCAAAGCAAUGGAAGAGUUCUACAAGGAAAUCUAUGCACUGAAUGGCGUUACUGACAUCAAGUUUCCAGAACAUUACCCUGUUUCCAGACUCUUAGGGUGCGUUGAGGUAGUUGGGUGUCUAAAACUGGACGAGCUGGCAAGCUGGGAGGCCAUACCAGAAGGGGUGAGGGUAGAAGGACAAACUGAUAUCUGAACUUAUUGUUACAUUCUUAAAGAUUUCGGAGAAGUGCCUGAUUACUUGUUUCUUCUUGCUCAAUUUAUGUAGAAAUUGCUUAUUCCAUUCGAGAUGAGAGGUUUUCAAGGUGUUUAUAACCUGGAAAGGAAGAUAUAUGAGUCUGCAGCUAGAGGCCUUGUCCCUGUGGAAGGUCCACUGCCUGUAAAAUUUCCCCUUCCAAAUCCAAGGGAUCCUUAUUCGUUGAGUCCUGGUUCUGUUAGCUCUCAGUCCACAGCAGGACACACAACUGAAGUCGAGAAGUCAUCAAGUCUUGUUGUGGCCAUUGCUUCCGCACGUGCAGCUGCUACACAGUUCAACAAGAAAGACCAAAAUCAUGCAAUAACUACCGUUGAAAGCUCCGCUUCCACUAAGCAGUAUGAAUUGAGAAGCAAGUCUUCUGAACAGAGAAAGCUUUCACCAGUUAGCUUGCCUCAUAGUUGUGAUGGGGAACCUUCUACGUCAAAUGAGUCGAAACCUAACAAUGACUGCAUGUCUGAGCAGAGUAGCAGACAUAAUAGGGUCACGGCAGGUUCGGAACAGCUCCCCAGAGCUUCCCCAAAGCUUUUCGCAGCAGCAGUACGAGGGUUGAAGCCGUCAUGACUGCAGUACCCUGAAAAUAGAACAUGACAUUAGGAAGUCUUGGUGUAGGGGCCUGUUUUACUAAGGUUCUGCCAUGACCCAGAAGUCAGAUUUGCCUUAGCUGAUUGAAAGAUCACAAAGCUGUGUAGAAAAGAGAGCAAAUAACCGGAAGCCUUGUUUUAGACCCGUUGCAGGAUUGUGUUAUGGCCCAUAAAUACAAGAACAAUUUGUACAGCUAGUGAAUUCAGGAGACAUCUUCGUUUCUUAACCCAGUAUUUAGUUUAGUGCAGUUUUCGCUUUAGAUGGAAGGGUAUUGUUGUUAUUCGAUGCUAUUUGGUUCCAGUCAAUAAUUGUCGUCGCAGUAAUCCUGAUGUACUGACAACUGAGGAAUGAUGUUUCAACCUGUUUCAAGUGAAAUUAAGG